AAGUUCUUCAGCCGACUCUCUCUCUCUCUCUCUCUCUCUCUCUAAAAAUUCGACCUUUUUCAUCAACCUCACAAAACCCUAGAUUUUUCUUCUGCAUUUAACAGAAAUUUGAUUAUGGAUAUGUAUAUUGAUAGAGCUGUAUGCAUAAUAUUUAUGGUGCUUCUUUCAAGUUCUGGUUUUGGUUUAGCCGGUGACAUAGUCCACGAAGAUGACGUUGCUCCUAAGAGGCCUGGUUGUGACAAUAAAUUUGUUCUGGUAAAAGUCCCAAUCUGGGUCAAUGGUGUUCAAAGCAAUGAGUAUGUUGGUGUCGGUGGUCGUUUUGGACUUAAUUUGGAAUCAAAGGAAAAACAUGCCAACCAUACCAGGCUUGCAUUGGCAGAUCCUCCUGAUUGUUGUAGGACCCCAAAGAAUAAGCUUAAAGGGGAGGUCAUUCUGGUGUACCGAGGUAACUGCAGUUUCACAACCAAGGCAAAUGCUGCUGAAGAGGCUAAUGCUUCUGCUAUCCUCAUAAUAAAUAACGAGACAGAACUUUUCAAGAUGGUUUGUGAAGCUAAUGCUGAUCUAGAUAUAAAAAUACCAGCUGUCAUGCUCCCUCAAGAUGCUGGUGAAAACUUAGAAGGAUUUAUGGGUAACAGCACUGUUUCUGUUGCACUCUACUCUCCAAAACGUCCAGCAGUUGACAUUGCAGAAGUGUUUUUAUGGCUAAUGGCUGUUGGUACAAUCUUGUGUGGUUCUUUUUGGUCUGCAUGGACUGCUAGAGAAGCAGCUAUUGAGCAGGACAAGCUAUUAAAGGAUGCAUCAGAAGAAUAUCUACUCACGGAAGGUGUAGGAGCAAGUGGUUUUGUUGAUAUCAACACAACGUCAGCAGUUCUUUUUGUUGUAUUUGCUUCAUGUUUCUUGGUCAUGCUUUACGAAUUCAUGUCAGCCAAGUUUAUUGUGGUUCUGGUGGUUUUGUUUUGUAUUGGUGGAGUAGAGGGCCUGCAAACGUGCUUUGUUGCUUUGUUGUCAUGUUUCAGACGGUUUCAACGUGCUGGAGAAUCGUAUGUUAAAGUUCCCUUUUUUGGAGAUGUUUCAUAUCUGACACUGGCUAUUUGCCCUUUCUGCAUUUCAUUUUCUGUUCUUUGGGCAAAGUUUCGUCACAUCUCUUUUGCUUGGAUAGGUCAAGAUAUCCUUGGUAUUGCACUUAUAAUCACGGUUCUUCAAAUUGUUCGUGUGCCUAACCUCAAGGUGGGAACAGUUCUCCUUGGUUGCGCUUUCUUGUACGAUAUCUUUUGGGUGUUUGUUUCUAAAUGGUGGUUCCAUGAAAGUGUGAUGAUAGUGGUGGCCCGUGGCGAUAAAUCUGAUGAAGAUGGUAUACCGAUGCUACUGAAAAUCCCUAGGAUGUUUGAUCCUUGGGGUGGCUACAGUGUAAUUGGAUUUGGUGACAUUAUCUUACCUGGACUGCUUGUAGCAUUUUCACUAAGAUAUGAUUGGCUGGCAAAGAAGAAUCUUCGAUCUGGAUACUUCGUGUGGACAAUGGCUGCUUAUUGUCUAGGACUUCUUGUCACUUAUGUGGCACUGAAUAUGAUGGAUGGACAUGGCCAACCAGCGCUGCUUUACAUUGUCCCGUUCACCCUUGGUACCUUUCUGACAUUGGGAAAGAAGAGAGGCGAUCUCCGAGUGUUGUGGACAAGAGGAGAACCGGAGUGGCCUUGCCCACACUUUCGACUUCAGCCUGUACAAUAAAAUGAUAAUAAUGGUAACAAGAAACAACUUCAACCUGUAAGCCAGUUUUCCAUACUAGCGUGGGAGGAACCAACACGAUCUCGUCUUGUAAAUUGUUCGUUGGCGGAGAUUUGUAAUGCAAAAAAAUUGUUGUGCAGUUUAGAUUGCACAACACUUACCAUUGGAUGAGGGUGAAUCCCGUGAUAUUGAGACUGCCCUCAUUAAAUGAUCCCUAUUUUGCAAUAGGUUUGCAGUUUAAACUACAAAAUAGAGAACUCUUUGUAAUAUUGAUAUUGUCCUGUUUGAUCAAUAUAUUGAUCAGUAACUUAAUCAUAAAUAAAAGUGUCAUUAGUAU